UCGGCCGGCUCCCUGCAGCCCGAGCCGCAUGACGCGCGGAGGAGGCAGCGGGAGCCGCCGGAGCCGCAGGAGCCGGGAUCAGGGCGCCGCGCGCGGGGGGUGGGCGCCGCUUGCUCCGCCCCGCGAAGCCCCUGCGCGCCCAGGGACGCGUCCCCCCCGCGGCAGCCUCGCCAGGCUUCGCCGUGUGGCCGCCGCCGCCGCCACCGCCGCUGCCAUGUCCCCGGGGAAGCCCGGGGCGGGCGGAGCGGGGACUAGGCGGACCGGCUGGAGGAGGAGGAGGAGGAGGCGGCGGCUGGAGGCGGCGACGAGGGCGCCCGCACUCGGGCGCACGGCGGGGCCCGACUCGCGCGUCCCGGGCACGUUCCAGGGCGCGCGGGGCAUGAAGCGGGCGGCGCGGGAGGCGCGGCCGCCUCCGCGCUCGUCGGGGCUGCGCUGGGCGCUGCCGCCGCUGCUGCUGCUGUUGCGCCUGGGCCAGAAGAGGGGAGACCAGGGGAGUCUGUGCUGACUGUGCCACCGGUUUCUGUGGCAGCAAGGCGAUCCUGCAGUUCCUGCUUCUGGCCCAAGGGUCGCCUUCUUUUCAUGUCCUUGUGUCAUGGGAGUUCUUCCUUCCCCACUGAGAGCGGACCUUGCUGGCGGUCCUGUUCCUAAGCCUGGAGAGCUGCAGGGAGCUGGUUGUGGGUAGUGGGGGAGCUUGCUGCCCAGAGCUUAUUGUACUGGCUUGGGAGUCGGACAGACCUGAGUCCUCCAACAAAUCUCAUGCUCGGAGCUGCGCUUGUUCUCAUCUGGAAAAUGGGGACAACGAAAAUACGAACUAACUGGAUCCACAUAACAAGUUCUUGGCAUGAAAUAAACCUUCAAACAGUGUUGGCUGUUGUUUUAUCAUCUUAUUUUGCUAGGGAGUACUGGCAUAAGUUAGUACUUAGAUUUAAGAUUUAAAAGAUUUAAAAAAAUUGUGUUUACCUUCUAGGUUAUAAAGCCCUUCAGCACAUAUGAACUCACAACAUUCCUGUGAAUUUGUCAUUGUCAUUCCCACUAUUUAUUUGUUUGUUUAUUUACUU